ACCGCCAUAAAUCCGAAGAAGAGUUUAUCUUUCUUUUGUUUUGUUUUUUGUGACAGCCAUCGGUGGACGCUGAUGUGAAGUUUUAGCGAGAUGUCAGACGGCUUCCUGUUGGAGGUAUGUGUAGACUCAGUUGAGUCAGCCAUAAACGCAGAAAGGGGAGGUGCUGGUCGUAUUGAGCUGUGCUCUAAUCUGCUGGAGGGAGGGACAACGCCCAGCACGGGUCUGUUGCAGGUGGUCAAAGAGAAUGUGCGUAUUCCAGUGUAUGUGAUGAUUCGCCCCCGUGGCGGGGACUUCCUGUACUCAGACUGGGAGGUGGAGGUGAUGAAGAGGGACAUUGAACAGAUGAAGAAUCACAGAGCAGAUGGGCUGGUUUUUGGAGCACUGACAGAAGAUGGACGUGUGGAUACUGAGCUCUGCAUGGAACUUCUGGCGGCUUGUCGACCUCUACCAGUUACUUUUCACAGAGCUUUUGAUAUGGUCCAUGAUCCAGUGGUUGCCUUAGAAGCUCUGGUCUCCCUGGGCUUUGAGAGGAUUUUGACCAGUGGUUGUGACAGCUCUGCACUAGAAGGUUUACCUGUAGUUAAACGAUUGGUGGAACAGGCAAAAGGCAGAAUAGUAAUAAUGGCAGGGGGAGGAAUUACAGAACGAAAUCUUCAGAGGAUUCUUGAAGGUUCUGGGGCUCAGGAAUUCCACUGUUCUGCUCGCUCCUGCAAGGACUCCACUAUGAAGUUUAGGAAUUAUAAUGUGAAUAUGGGAGGUUCUCUCUCUGUACCAGAAUAUGCUGUAAAAGUGGCUGAUGUGACUAAAGUUCGUACACUGAACGCCAUUGCAAGGAACACACUAUAAGAUGUGGAAUGCCAUUAAUUAUGUCUUCAGAAACCAACACGUCCUCUAAAGUUUUACAAGAGGAAUUGAAUGGUUAUUACUAUAUAUAUAUAUAUAUAUAUAUAUAUAUAUAUAUAUAUAUGAUCUGUCAUAAGGUUGACAACAGCUCAAUCACUAUCAUUUUCCUGCUGCUGUUAAUAAUUUUUUUCUCCAAUUAAAAUGCCAGCUGAUUUUUUUUUACUUAAUUAUUGUUGCUGUCAUGUUUUUCCAUGUGAGUGAGUCUUCAGAACAUUAUAGCCAAAUAUCUUGCAUUUUUCUGUUAGACCAGCUUUAACCACAAACAGAAACUAAAAGCACAAUCAACAAAGCCCAAAAAUUGUGUUGGUUUAUUAAAGUUUACCUAGACAUGUCAUACAAUGACAGGAUAUCUCUGACUAUCAUUAAGCUUAUUAAAUACUCAGUACUACAACUAAUAAAAUUACUACGACAGAUAACGAAUUACAUAAUCUACAUUAUUUGUAGCGUAAAACUGAAAUGCAUGUAUUGAGACAAAUAUACAAAUAAUGUGGUCACAAUACUAAAAGUCUCAUUUAUGUAAUAGAAAAUUGUGACUUUUAAAAAAAUAUUUUUCAAUAUUCAAUUUGAUGAUUAUUAUUUUCCAAUGAGAAAUAAUUGUUAAAUUUUUCUUUUGUUUUUAUUUUAUUGCCAGGAGAAAAUCCCCUUUAAUAAUAUAAAAUAUGGGGAAGCUUUUCGGGACGUACAAAAAAAUGUACAGGCUCAGAGUCUUGACAUAUGUAGAUUUUUUGAGUUACAAUUGUUUGAAUAUGCUGCCCUAUGAUGCUCGUUCAUAACGUCUUUGCGAAUGUAUGAAAAUAAAUAAUGAUAAUUCUACAAAGAAUUGUGAAUGAGUAAAUGCAAACAAAUAAGCCUUCAAUGUGUG